AUGGGUAAGUCCAAAAAAAGAUCAAGAGCGUCUAAUGCCCGUUUAAAUCCCCUAAAUGGCGCUGGCAGAAGCAAUGCCAGGGACAGCUCUUUGGUCACAAAUAAGUUACAGCCACUUCUGAAGAAUCUAGAGAGCGCCAUUCCCAACGAGAGGGCAAUGGCUCUAGCAUCGAUUAGUGUCCUGUGUGAGGAUCCACAAAUGAGGAAACUGUUGCUGAAGCAAAAGCUGAUCCACAUAAUGUUGAGCAGGCUGUUGUCAGAUGACAACACCGAUAUCAUCGUGGAAUCGUAUGGCCUCCUGAGAAAUCUCUCACUGGAGGAGGGAUAUGAUGUAUCAAUUCACCUGUGGAGGUCUGAAAUUUGGAGUAGCAUAUCGCAAGGAUUUGAUAAAUUAAUAGAGUCAUUGAAGGCCCUACAAAAGAACGAACAACAAGGUGAGAAAAAUGAUAAAAUACCCACAGAGUCAAGAAGGCUAUUAUUCGAUUACGCCGAUAACUUGAUUUCCCUGGUUGUCGCAUUAUCCAAUGGUUCCGAUGACAUUCUUAACGAAAUUCUGGGAGAAGAUAAACUGAACUGUGUAUUUAGAGUCGUUACCAGCCUGCUGCAAUAUGGGAUAGACAAGUUACCAAUAGCGGUAUUGAAUACUAUUUUGGAUUUGAUUUAUGAUUUAAGCUCAGAGUCCUUCUGUUUCAUUGAGAAGAUAAGUAAUGAUGCCUUUUUAUCAAAUUUUAUUAAAGGGCUACCUGAUAUGAUGAACAAAAAAACUUUUAAUGAACUUUCAAAAGUCUUGAUCCAGGGUAUUUAUUUACAGUUUUUGGACGCAGACAUCACUUAUGAUCAGGCAAAUUCUAUUAUUAUUAGCGUUUGUGGAUCCAUAGAGAAUAUCGAUUUGGAACAAGUUGAAGCAAAUUUGUCCAGUAACGCAAAUGAUGAUGAACUGGUUAAAACACAGGACUCUAAAGUGGCAGAAAAGAUUAAGGAUUAUACGAAAGCGCGCACAGGUGCUAUGAUGAAACUACAAAGCAUAGAAAUUGCCAUUGAUAUAAUGACGGCUAUUAUUGAAAUAGUCGCUUCCCUUUACGAAGAUGGGAAGAAGAAAAUACCACAAACACUCCAAGGUACUCUCACUCAAUUUUUACCUCUUAUCUUCGAGGGGUUAGGACCAAAGUUUGCAUCGCGUAUUCUCAUAGCGUGGAAUAAUCUUUUGUGGUUAUAUUUAAGUUUAGGAAUUAAUUUUUUUGACCUUCCUGGUGAGAUUUAUAAAAGUCUCUGGACAUAUGUCAAUGCUUUGCCAGAUACGGAUAUUGACUUGAAAUUAGGUAAGCUAAGCGUGAUAUGGGCGUUGUUGAAAACUAUAUCUUUUGAUUCCGACUUUGAGAAAUGGUUACAACAAUUCAAUUUAUCAAACAAUUCGGACUUCCUGCAUUCUGUUAUUAAAAACUAUAAUGCGGAUAUGAGCAAUGAAGAUUUGUCAAAAGAAGACACAUUUGAGUUGGGACAAAGGUAUUGCGGUGUUUUUUCCACAUAUGCGCUUUUCAAAGGCCAAAUAGAAACAAACAGAAUCGUAGGCCAGUUUAUUUUGGAGCAACUGUUGUCGCAGGAUGUUCCACAGGGGUUGCAAACAGAAUUUACUAAUUCAUUAUUUGAAAUAUAUGGCGAUGGAAAUUUCGAUUACGAUAAACCUGUCUUUGUUUCUGGUAGAUUUCUUGAAAUCAUAGAAAAGCAGGUCAUUCCAAACCUUAAAUCGAGAUUCAAAUUUGUUGAUAAGAACAAGGAGCCGCAAUUGAAGUCAAAAUGUAACGAAUGCAUCUCCACCUUGGACAGUUUCGUUCAAUAUAAAAGAAAUGAGUGA